AGUGCAAACGUCACAAUCGGGCCCCGUUCUGUUUACAACAGAAAUUGCGGUAAAAGCGCUGCGCAAAGUCUAAAUCUGAGGGACGUUUGCGCACUAUCCGCAGAAUUUGCCCAGUCCCAGAGCCUCUGAAGGAAGACGACGAGAGCCUGGUCGCAAGAAGCAUCACCGCGAUAACACCUGACGUAGCUACAUUUGGAGCAGACGAUAAUUUUUAUCUCAUUCAAGAUUAUUCUCUCACCUGUGACAACCUCUCUUUUACGUAUGGAAUUUGAAGGACGAAUUCUACUUAGAAGAAGAUAAACUUUUUUUGUAGAUAGUGAAGUAGCAGUCAGUCAUGUGGUCAGAUGGACCUCCUGGUCUGUAUGACUAUUCCCCUGUUCCUUUGCAUGAACCUGAUGAGCUCCUUAGAAUACGAGACAUGGAGGCCUAUUAUUCCAUCCUGGAAGACCGCAUUCCAGAGACACGAGUAACAUCAGGUUCGCCCUCAACUGUUGUAACUUGUGAUAGAGGAGACACCAAAGAAAAUGACAAAAAGAAGGAAAGAGGGGAUGAUGAAGAUGAAGGAGAUGAUGUUGAUGGAGAGGAAGAUGAUGAAAGUAAGAACGAGGAGGAGGAGGAAGAAAAUAGUGAAAGGGAGAGAUUUUUGUAUGGAUUUCGAAUGGAAAAUAAAAUGGGUAUGACAAUUACCUCCGGGAGCAUCACCCUGGAGAAAGAUGACAGUAACCUGAUUGGCAUUAGCAUUGGUGGUGGAGCCAAAUACUGUCCCUGUCUGUACGUUGUUCAGGUGUUUGAUAAUACUGCUGCAGCACGAGAAGGAACACUUCAGAGUGGAGAUGAGAUCACUGGUGUCAAUGGUGUCAAUGUCAAAGGCAAAUCUAAGCAGGAAGUGGCACAACUUAUUCAGAGAUCUGAGGGGUCUGUGACCAUACAGUAUAAUAAACUCCAUGCAGAUCCAAAACAGGGAAAGACACUGGACAUAGCCAUGAAGAAAGUCAAACAUCGAUUAGUAGAGAACCUUUCUUCUUCUACUGCUGAUGCCCUUGGGCUCUCUCGGGCAAUUUUAUGCAAUGAUUCUCUUGUCAAGAAGCUGGAGGACCUUACGCGAACAGAAGAUAUGUACCAGGCUCUUAUGGAUCAUACAAAAAGAUUAUUGAAGGCUUUCUUCGAUUUGGCCAUAGUAUAUAAGA